AUGAUUUUUAAGGAGAAUAUCAUAGCAAUUGAAAAGCACAACAAGUUACGUAAUUUCACUUACACAAUGGACGACAAUGAUGCUGCUGACAUGUCAGAUAAGGAAAGAAAUCUUAGAAGAGGUUCAAAGCCACAGCCUGAUUCUGUUCAUGGAUCAGAUUUUCUACCAAUGGUUAGAGGUUCUCUUCCUAGAACUAUUAACUAUGCAAGGUGA